UUUUAAGAGGGCAACUAAAAAUUCCGAGGGCCUUCUUUUUUUCCUAGGAUUUUUUUUUUCUUGUGAUAAAUAUUUAGAUUUCUGUGAGUAUCUUUAGGGGUUUUUUCUUGGUAAUUUACCCAAAGAACCUGACGAAACCUUCUAACAAGAUGAAUUUCCCCAAAGCCAAAACGGUAAAGCAAAAGCCUCAUCUCGCCCCUGCUCGAAAGAAGCCAGUAAUGUCCAGAAAACUGCGUAUAGUUUAUAACGAUCCUGAAGCCACAGACUCAUCUUCAAGCGAAGAUGAAGAAGAAGAGUGGGGAAACAGAAAGCUGAAGAGGAUAAAACGAUGUGUUCAGGAGCUCACCCUUCCUGUAGCUCCUGAGAAACCGGUGACGGUUGAAACUGACAGCUCUAUUCUUACCAUUAAUGGCAAGGGGCGCAAAGAAUGGGAACCAGUUAAACCCAAACCACAAAGGAGACGUUCGUCUUCGCAAUACAGAGGCGUUCGACUCAGAAACUCGGGGAAAUGGGCUGCGGAGAUUCGACAUCCUAUCAAAGGUCGAAAAUGGUUGGGUACUUUUGAUACUCCAGAGGAGGCUUCUCAAGCUUAUGAGGCCAAAAGAAGAGAGUUUGAAGCCAUGGAUUUCUCUAAGAAGAGAACUAUUUCUGCAACUGUUUCUUCGGAUUCAUCUUCUUCAGCAGAGGACUCAGGCAGUGUUAUGUCUCAGUCAUCACCACCCUCUGUUCUUCAAGUGUAUACUUCGAUCGAGAAUGGUCGCAUUUCCAGAAAAGAAAUCGAUCAUUUUGAGUCUGCGCUUGAAGCUUUGCAAAUGCCUGAUUCGAUCUUGUCGACAUCCGAGGAUUACAAGACCUCAAGCAAAGAAGAUAAUGAUUUAGAGUCUGGAUUUACGGCUUUGCAAGUGCCUGACCUGGGUUCAAGCAAAGAAGCCAGUGAUUUGACUUCUGAACUGGAAGCAACCAUGGAAAUAACCGAUUUGAGUUUGCCAGAAGUGCCAAUCCCAGCUUGUUCAGAGCCUUACAUGUUUGAGCUGGAUUGUUUAAUGGUGAAUGAUUUGGAACAGACUUUUGAAGACGACGAUGAUCUUCGUGGGCAGCUAGGCAGUGGAAUUUGUGGGUUUAACGAUGAUGUGCCUUGUGAGCUUCCUGAUUUUGAUUUUGACGAUUUUGGUGCAGAUGAUGAGUUUGCCGGUUGGAUUGAGGAACCCCUCAACAUACCUUGUGCAUGAGUUUUGCAGCUAAGCUGCAUAGAAAUAAUUUAGUUUCUUUUUGUGAAAAAUUUGUUUUUUGUUUUUUGUUUUUGCUGCUGAGAACGAUUUGUGUUUGUCUAAUUAAAAUUCAUCAGGAGAGACCUGAGGAGAGAGGCCAGAUGAGGGAGAAAGGAUAAGAGAAUCCUUUGGGUUUUCCUGUGCUAUUAGAGCCGUCCAAGGGUUCUGAAACUAAGAUCUACGGACUUGUUCUUGUGUGUUAAUUCCCUGUUAAUCACAAGACUCGCGUCUCUUUUUCAUC